GUAUUUAUUACCUCUGACAUUUUAUGUUAAGUUUAAUUAUUUUAGCCGCUGUGUGAUAGAUUGCUUGUGUGGGAGUCAACUCCAUAUAUAACUUUGUUUCAACACCAAAAAUCCACUUACAUUCUGGUAAUAUCGGUUUGUGGUAAAUAAUAGAAAACCACGAAAAGCGAAUGACUAAGUUCGUUUCUUUGUCACUAACACCGAUGCGCUGCCGUUGUGCCUAGAAUAGCGACAUAAUUCAGACGACGAGGCAACUUCCAAAGUUUAAAUGACGAUUAAUUAGAACACUCCGUGGUUUAACGCGCGGUUUUAAUAAAACGAAACAACUAAUUCCACAUACAUGAUGAGGGAUUCCAUCUGGUACUUUGGUACUUAAACAGUGCUAAAACUUAUAACGUUAUAGGCAUGGACAGUCUUGGAAUAAAUUUCAGAAAGGGGUUACAUGGUUUAUUAUAACAGCCCCCGAGAAAACUCAAAAUUAAAAUUGUCUGUCAAAGUUCAAAAUAUUUUGGGUUGGUCCUUUAGCCACUGUCACAAAAUGGCAUUUACUAAUUAACAUUUUCAUUGUAAACAAAAUUUAUUAUCUUAAAAUAAUGCUGCAACAAAAAAGGAGGGGUUGAUAUUACUCCUGAAAUCGUGCAGAUAUAGGGUGAGUUGAAAAAAAAUAAGUAAGUAGUUAUAAGCAUUUACUUAAAAUUAAAAGCAAACACUUGUUGUUAGGUGAAGAGAACUAAGACAAUUCUUACAAAAGUUUACUUGUACAAAAUGAAGUUUUUACGUAUGUAUAUACCUAGUACUACACGCCUGUUUAAAAGGUUGCUUAUUUACGUAGUUUUCUGAUUGAGAGCGGUUUUAGUAAUUACUUACGAUGUCAUCCAGUGGCGAAGACACUGAAAAACCAAAAAAUAUUUCGGAUAACAGAUCACAUUUAUUUUAAAACAUAAAGUGGUCCUAAAUAAGUCGAUGGUACCAACAAUGGUUGCGGCGAAGGAAAAUGGGUGGAAAGCAAUCAAAGAUGUAUUUUUAAAAUACACAGGAAAAUGUAUAACUGUUGAGAUCAGUUGAAAAAGUUACUUAAUAAUAUGAAAAGCAAAGUUAAGAAAAAAACUGAUUUAUCUGCCACAGGAAAUAAACCAAUCAAGCUACUGCAAUGGGAAAAACAAUUUCUAGAAAGGUUAAAUGCCGAAGAAAACGCUGUUUUCGCUAAAAUUCCUGGAGCUGUCGCAUUUGGAACAGACACUAGAAAAUCUGGUAUUUUUUCAUUACGGCAAAAUGAAAGCAAAACUACUAUUAUAAGCGGAAGUUUAGUCGAGACGAACACUACAACACGCGAGAUACAACAUGGAGUAGACAAUUCUACCACAAGUUCCAAUGGUAAUGUUUCCAAACAACAGAGGUUGUUAGCUGCUGAAACAAAAGAAACGAAAAACCUAUCAACUUCGGAGCUGCAACGCUAAGUGUUACUGGAACAGUUUAAACUGACAAGAUUACAAAUUGAAAAGGAGGAACUACAACUAUAAGGUUUACGCCAGCAACAAGUUACAGAGGUAAAUGAUGAUUAUGCCAAUAAGGAAUUUAAUAUUCAAGUUCCAUGUCAUAAAAAAUAAUAAAAAUAUGUUCUGCUAUUUAAGAAUAUGUUGUAAAUGCAGCAGGUA